CCGCCUUCGCACGGGCCCCCCUCGGCAGCAUCGUUCUGCGGGGCCGGCCCUUGCCGCCCCCUCGGGAGCUCCCGCAAGGGCCCUGGGCCGGGCUGGUUCUCUCUCGCAGGAGAAUGUGGAGGGGAAGCUCGUCGGCCCCCCUUUCUGCCCGGGGGGCCCCGUCGGCGGGGCCCGCUUUCCGCCGGGGCUGACCCCGGCCCCGGUGGGCCUGCUUCACACCCUCGCACCGGGCGGGGUGGCGAGGCGAGCCGGGGCGGCGCGGCGCGGCGGCUCUCCAGCAUGAGUGCGGGCUCCGAGUGUGAAACCCCCCGGAAAAGAAUUCGGCUGGGCCCCUUCUUUGCUUCCUCGGCAACGACCGCCGCCAUCCACAGCAGCCGCGCGGAGGAAGGACCGGCCCCUUCCCUGAGGAGAAAAGCGACCCUGCCACCGGGCAAGCCCCCUCUUCCUCCUCCGUCGGCCAAGGGGGAGCAAGGGCCCCGCAGCAGCAGCAGCACCCCCAAAGGCAUCCCUGUAGUCACGGUGGGGAACAAAGUUUACAAACAAAGGAGGAUUACCUCUUGGAUGGAUAAUAAAGGGCCCAAAACAUUGGAGUCAAAAAGCUUACAAAACAAAACUAGCAGCACAGAAGCAGGACUCAGAAUGGCAUUUGUUAAGAAAGAUAACGUUUUUGAAAAUGAUAUGAAAAAGGUUGAGGAUGUUCUUGAGCAGGGCUGUUCAAGAUUAUCUAUGGAAAUGAGUCCCAAACAUGUGGCCUUACCUCAGACUGGUCCCCUACAUAAAUGGGAAGCUGAAGGGACAUGUAGAGGGCAGCUUUCAGAAGCUGAGUCUAUGAAAGUAACACAGACUUUAGACCAGUUGAAAAAUGCUAAUGUUAAUUCAAUGCACAAAACGGGCAGUCAGCCUCAUCGGGGCUGCAACGAAAACAGAGAAUACUGUACUCAUAGCCAGCUUACAUCAGGCAGCCCUGUGAAGGUGGCUCUUAUAAAACAACCCUCAAAAGAGUUCAAUCCAGAAAGACAAGUGACUUCACAAAAUCCCCACUCAUUUAAGAACUGGAAUUCUGAGCGUGCAGCCUGUAUAAACGCCGGGCUAGAUGAAGUGGAUGUGGUGCCAGAGAGUCCACUCUCAGAUGCAGGCUGUGAUGCUUGUUCAUCUGAUUUGUAUGGUUCUCAGGACAGAGAUCAAGCAUGGUUGGGGGAUUCACCAUCUUUUGAGAAAGAAAGUGAACCAGAGUCACCCAUGGAUGUAGAUAAUUCCAAAAAUAGCUGUCAGGGCUCAGAGGCUGAUGAAGAAACCAGUCCACUUCUUGAGGAUCGAGAAGAAGUUGACAUGUCCAAACCACCAAGCAAAUCUUCACGGGUUCGAAGGGCAGAUUCUGAUUUGGAUUCAAGAAAAUCACAGUUUCCUUCCCGGAGAAGUGAAGGUGCUCGAUUUAGCCUCCACUUGGAAGGGGUGGAUAAUCCAUUGAAAGAGGGUGAAACACACACUGAGUCAUCUGGGAACUUGCCUCUGUCAUCAGAAUGCAAAAGUGUCAAACACUGUGGGAGAAAGGACUCUAAAAUUACUGCCCAUUUCAUGAGGGUUCCCAGGACAGAAGACAGAAGGAAUGAGCAAAGUGAACUAAAGCUGCAUCGACCUGGAAGGAAGACUCUCAAAUAUACCCCUCCUCCACUUCCAACUAAUAAAAAAUGGUUUGGGACACCCAUUGAAGAGAUGAGAAGAAUGCCGAUCUGUGGGACACGUCUCCCUCAUUUGAGACCUUCGGCCAAUCAUACAGUGACAAUCAGAGUAGAUCUUCUGAAGGAAGGAGAAGUGCCUAAACCUUUCCCAACACAUUUCAAGGAUUUAUGGGACAAUAGACAUGUUAAAAUGCCUUGUUCAGAACAAAAUUUAUAUCCCAUAGAAGAUGAGAAUGGUGAUCGGACUGCUGGAAGCCGAUGGGAAUUGAUUCAGACUUCACUGCUUAAGAAAUUUACCAGCUCCCGUGAUUUGAAGGAGGCUAUCCUCAGAUAUAACAUUGCAUAUGCCAAGAAAUGGGACUUCACAGCUCUAACUGACUUCUGUGAUAAGGUGCUUGAAGAUGCAGAAGCUCAGCAUCUGUUUCAGUCCAUUUUGCCCGAUAUGGUGAAACUUGCGCUCUGUCUGCCAAGCAUCUGCACCCAGCCAAUACCUCUCCUGAAACAAAAAAUGAACCACUCCAUCACAAUGUCACAGGAGCAGACUGCUAGUUUACUAGCAAAUGCCUUCUUCUGCACUUUUCCUCGGCGAAAUGCCAAGAUGAAAUCAGAAUAUUCAAGUUAUCCAGAUAUUAAUUUCAACAGGCUGUUUGAAGGCCGUUCACCAAGGAAGCCUGAGAAACUGAAAACCCUUUUCUGCUACUUCAGAAGAGUCACAGAGAAAAAACCCACUGGAUUGGUAACAUUUACAAGACAGUGUCUGCAGGAAUUUCCUGAUUGGGAAAGAAGUCAGAGAAAAGUGUCCAGGCUGCAUGUCACGUAUGAAGGUACUAUUGAGAGCAAUGGGCAUGGCAUGCUACAGGUUGAUUUUGCUAAUCGCUUUGUUGGAGGUGGUGUCACUGGAGCAGGACUGGUGCAAGAAGAAAUUCGCUUCUUAAUCAAUCCAGAACUGAUUGUAUCUCGUCUUAUUACUGAAGUCCUGGAUCACAAUGAAUGUCUAAUUAUUACAGGUACAGAGCAAUAUAGUGAAUAUACUGGCUAUGCAGAAACGUAUCGGUGGGCCAGGAGCCAUGAAGAUGAAACACCCAGGGAUGAAUGGCAGAGGCGCUGCACAGAAAUUGUGGCCAUUGAUGCAUUUCAUUUCAGACGUUUCCUUGAUCAGUUUGCUCCUGAGAAAAUUAGAAGAGAGCUCAACAAGGCUUACUGUGGCUUCGCUCGGCCCGGUGUUCCACCACAUCACCUUUCAGCAGUAGCUACAGGAAACUGGGGAUGCGGUGCUUUUGGAGGUGAUGCAAGAUUGAAAGCCUUGAUACAGAUCUUGGCCGCGGCGGAGGCUGGACGAGAUAUUGUUUAUUUCACCUUUGGAGAUGCUGAACUAAUGAGAGACAUUUACAGUAUGCACACUUUCCUAAUUGAGAAAGGACAAACUGUUGGGGACAUUUACAAGCUGUUGCUCAGAUACUAUAAUGAGGAAUGCAGGUGUUGCUGUACUCCAAGACCAGAAGUCAAGCUGUACCCUUUCAUUUACAAUGCAGUAGAAUCCUACGCAGAUUCCACUGAUGAUGAGAGAGGAGUAUGUUUUGAUGAGUAGAAUGAAAAUUUGCAGAGUGAAUAUCCUUCUUUUCCUUGCAGAGUAUCCAUUGACUUAUGAAAUGUAACAUAAGGUGUAGCUUAAUUUCAUAUCCAUGUAUAUAAAUCCUGCAUUUGUUUUAUGUUAUCUGAAAACCAAUCUUGAAAAGAAACAGGUUUUCUUUCCAAAGUAGAAAGUGAGCCUUCAUCAUCACAUAUAGAACAAAAUGGUUAACCCUGUCCCCCCCCCCCCACCAAAUUUAGGGCUGAGUUUUUACUCUAUAUUUGAAAAGAGCAGAUUUUUACAUAUCUACCCUUUUUCGAUUUUUAUAGAGAUAAUCACAGAAUGAGAGAGAGGUUUCCUAUAUAAAGUGUUUAGCACGCCAACAGUAUAAUUUAUUAUUCUGUUAUGGGUGGAAAGUCUGUUGGACAUAACAGUUCCAUUUCUUUUACAUUUUCGCAUAGGAUAAACCCCACUUCUGGAUCAGUUUAGGGAAAGACAGAAGGUAGACAAACAUGUCUUAGAAACAAUAAUCAAAGGAAUACCCCAGGCACAUCUCCUUUUGGAGGUUGAGAGACAAGUAUGAACAGCAGUAGAAAGAUGUAUACAAGAAUAGCCAAGAUGAUACAAGAAUAGCCAAGAUAAAUUUCAAGAGGGUAAAGGGUACUUUGAAUAUUAUUACUUAUAUUUUAAAAAUCUAUGGGCCAUAUAUUCAUAGAAUGGUUAAACAGCUUUUUUAAUGGUUUUAAAUUGCACAAGAGUGUUCGUUGCUUGAAUUUAGCUGGAAAAUUGUAUCUGUAUAUUUAAUGUACAGUCAAUAUUAUAUCUGGGUUUUUAUUAUACAAUAUAAAACCCAUAUAAAGCAUGUGUUAGUGAGUAUGGCUAAUUUGGUUUGAUAAAUACACCAAGAUUUAGGGUGUGAUUUAGGCAGGGAAAAUGUCUCAAUAAGAGGCUAGCUCUGCUGGAACAAAUGAGAAUCACACAAGGCUACACUUGUGCAUUUCCCCAGAUCCCUAUUUUUUCAGUGGAAAUUUGGAUUUUGUCCUUGUGGGAGGACAUCCUGAGAAAAGGCAGGAAAUAAAAUAUAAGCUGCAAUUUGCUUGUGGAGAACUUGCUAAAAGAUGAGAAUAGAGAUUAUUCAGCAGUGAAUACUUUGCUGUAAGCACUUCUAGAGUAGAGGGAAACCUAUAUGAAGAAAACCUCAAGCAUGAUACUGUAUUCUUUUCCAGCUUUAAAGCAAAAUAGGACAGGGUUAAUAGGUUAAUAAGAGCUGAAUGGUCCCAGCAAUCUCCUAAUUAAAGUGAAAGCUAAUCUGUCCAGGAUGCAUCAUCAAUGCCAAAAGAGAGAAUUCUGAGUCGAUUCAAUAUUCCACUUUGUCUUAAUUUCUUUCGCAGCUGCUCAGUGUCGUCUUUCUCAGAUAUGUGGUGCAAUCUUUCCUUUUCUUAUAAGAGAACUGCCCAGUGCAGCCCCCUAAAUACUGACAAGCAGAUGGGUCAGUCAUCCAUUAGGUGGAAAAUGCCAUUGCAAUCAGCUUUGCGUUAGAGUGCUUUUCUCUCGUGACCAGUCUCCAUCUAAAAUUCCUCAGUGGCACAGCAUCCUAUUAUGUUUACCCAUGAGUGUAUAUAAUAAUUUAUAUAAGGUUGAAAUAUAUCAUUAAUACUUUAAACUUGCAAGUUCUGCAUUUGUUAUAUUUUUUUGAUUGGGGCGGUGAAGAAUCAGUAUGACGUGUACUUUUUUUUUGUAAUGGAAAACAAUAAAACCAAUGAACAUUUUUCUCCA